CUUCUUCGCCGAGCAAUGGUCCGCUUUCCUUCGGGAGAUCUCGUCGGUGAUGGCCCUCUCGGCCUCUCCUCCUCUCUGCCGUGGCUCCUCCGGAAGCCCUCGUCCUCCUCUCAGAUCCUUCAGCGGAUGAAGCUUCUAGCUGCGGGGCACGGCUUUCUCGAUGACUGAGAGGGAUCGCCUGGAUCUUCGCGGGCUUCUUCCUCCAAAUCAUAUGACACCGCAGCAGCAAAUUGAGCGCUUCAUGGUUGAUUUAAAAAGAUUCCAAGUAAAUGCCAGGGAUGGACCAUCAGACACCGAUGCUUUGGCCAAAUGACGAAUUCUUAAUAGAUUGCAUGACCGAAAUGAAACUAUGUACUACAAAGUUUUAGUUGAAAAUAUCGAAGAGUAUGCACCAAUAGUUUAUACACCCACGGUGGGUCUUGUGUGUCAGAACUAUAGUGGUCUUUUUAGAAGAUCCCAUGGUUGAUAUGAUCGUGGUAACUGAUGGCAGUAGACUUUUGGGCCUUGGUGAUCUUGGAGUUCAGGGUAUUGGCAUCGCAAUUGGGAAGUUGGAUUUGUAUGUUGCGACUGCUGGAAUAAAUCCUCAGCGGGUUCUUCCUGUGAUGAUUGAUGUUGGAACUAAUAAUGAGAAGCUCCUUCGUGACCCACUUUAUUUAGGACUUCAAGAGCAUCAUCUUGAUGGUGAGGAUUACAUUUCAGUCAUUGAUGAAUUUAUGGAAGCUGUCUUCACCCGGUGGCCACAUGUAAUUGUGCAGUUUGAAGACUUCCAAAGCAAGUGGGCAUUCAAAUUAUUGCAGCGUUAUAGGAACAAUUAUAGAAUGUUCAAUGAUGAUGUUCAGGGAACUGCUGGGGUUGCAAUAGCUGGUCUCUUAGGAGCUGUCAGAGCUCAAGGAAGGCCAAUGAUAGACUUCCCCAAGCAAAAGAUCGUUGUUGCUGGUGCUGGAAGGUUAAGAAAGUGAAGCCUGAUGUUCUACUUGGACUAUCUGCAGUUGGUGGUCUUUUCUCCAAAGAGGUAGAG